UAUUGGAAAGUUUAAUUAUUUUCAUGGUCACUUGUAGGUAUGUGCUGAACUACUGGGCAGUUUGAGUAUAAUUGAGUAGCAAUUUCAUUUCAAGUUUUGUCACCAGCAGCGUUAAACAAAAUGGAAAAACACACGACAUAUUUCUACCACCCGGUGAAUGUCUUAUUCUGGACGGGUUUACAAAUCUACGACAUCGAAGACAAACGUUUAAACAUGUUAUAUAAAUUAUACACCUUUUUGGUAAUGGGCGUUAUCGGUGGCGGUUAUCUCGCCAGCGAAAUAGCAUUUACCAUAGAUCACAUGGAUGAUCUUGAGGUGUUGACAUUUGCUCUGGGUUAUGUGAUGGCGCACACAAUCAGCGUUAUAAAACUACUUCUGUUAAUCAGCAAACGUAAAGCCGUAGGGAAAUUUAUUUCGUCCCUCGAGCAAGGCGAAUUUUUACCGAAUUUUGAACGUGGUGGAGACGAAGAGAAAGAAAUAAUUGAUUACGCUGUAUGGCGGUCGAUGAUGCAGGGAAAAGUGUUUAUCAUCACCGUCGGGAUAUUGGUAGCAUCAAAUUUUCUUCAGGGGUUGAUUAGUACGAAACAAAUGUGGGAUGAACAUCGUGCCAAUAUGACGAUUACUCCACAGCCGUUUCCGUAUCCGUCCAAAUUGCCGUUUGCUUUCAGUUCACAACCAGUUGUUGCGUACUUUUUAGCUUUAGUUUAUCAAACAUGCUGUAUAUGGGUAUUUGCAAGAUAUCUUGGUCAUUCAGAUACAAUCAUCACUGGGUUGAUGAUGCAUGUCACCGCUCAGUUUAAGAUCGUCACCAACUCUUUGCUUAAUGUUUUGAGCAAAGCAGAAAGAAAUACGAAUAUUUAUCUCUCGAAGAUUACAAAAAAUAAAUCUCUGGAAGUUUAUGGCGAGCAAGAUAUUGAUUCAGGUUUAAUUAAAAAAUUAAAUGCUAAUUUAUUGCUUUGUGUCAAUGAUUGCGUUAGGCACCACAACGCCAUUUUGGAUUUAUUGGAUAACAUGGAGAAUACCUUCAACGAUUUGGUUCUGGUUCAACUCUUGGGGUAUUUAAUAGCAAUCUGUGUGGGAAUGUAUCAACUACCUAUGGUGGAAAUUGCAAGUGCUACUUUUAUGAGUACCGUGUCGUUUACGCUGGCAAUGACGUUCCAACUGCUAAUUUACUGUUGGAACGGCAAUGAAUUGUCCUUGCAUAGUGUAAAAGUCGCUGAUGCCGCUUUUGACUGUGCUUGGGUCGGAUCCUCGAAAGCAGUUCAGCUGAGCUUGGUGCUUAUUAUCCAACGCGCUCAUCGUAUCUGUUAUCUGACAGCAGGGAAAUUUGUUGAUCUUACAUUGGAGACUUUUAUGACAAUUAUACGUGGAUCAUUAUCUUACUCUUUGGUUCUACGCACGAAACACACUACAUAUUUCUAUCGUCCAGUAAACAACUUAUUCCUAUGGGGUUUGCAGAUCUAUGACAUCGAGAAUAAAUAUUUCAAUAUUUUGUACAAAUGUUACUCUUUUGCUAUGUUGGGAGUUCUCGGUUUCGGCUACCUUGCAACCGAGAUAACAUACAGUUUGGAUCAUGUCUAUGACCUACGACAGUUUACAUUUUCCCUGGGCUAUGUGAUGGCUCAUACGAUCAGUGUGAUUAAACUAAUUUUAUUCGUAUUUAAACGGAAGGCAAUCGGUAGAUUUGUUUCAUCUUUAGAACAAGGUGAAUUUCUACCGAGUUUCGAGCGCGGUGGAAAUGCAGAGAAGAAGCUCAUUGACGACGCAAUAUGGCGGACAAAAAUGCAAGGCAGAGCUUUUAUUUCCACCGUUGGAUUAUUGGUGGGGUCCAAUUUUGUUCAAGUGGUAAUUUAUACAAAACAAAUGAUUGCUGAACAACGAGCUAAUGUUACCAUCAGCCAGCCACCAUAUCCUUACCCUUCUAAGUUACCUUUUCGGUUGAGUUCUAAUCCAGCCGCGAGUUAUUUCCUUGAAUCCUUUUAUCAAUCGGCAUGUGUUUGGAUUUUUGGUUUGUAUCUUGGUUAUUCUGAUAUGAUCAUCGGUGGACUGAUGAUGCACGUCACAGCGCAGUUUCGAAUUGUCACUAAUGCCUUGCUUACUGUAAUGGAUAAAGCCGAAAGGAAAACUAAUAUUCAGCUUGCUAAUAUAUGGGAAGACAAUUCAGUAAUGGAGGUUUAUGGAGAGCGAUAUAUAGAUCCAAUUAUAAAUCAGAAACUCAACGAUAAUUUGUUGAUUUGCGUGAAUGAUUGCGUUAAGCAUCACAAUGACAUUCUUGAUUUAUUGGAAAACAUGGAGAAUACUUUUAAUGACUUAGUUUUAAUACAGAUAUUAGGUUAUUUGAUAGCAAUAUGCGUCGCUUUAUAUCAAAUGUCGUUGACAAAAAUUCCAAGCGCGUCAUUCAUGAGUACGCUGUCGUUUACAAUGGCAAUGACAUUCCAAUGUCUCAUCUACUGCUGGAACGGCAAUGAAGUGUCUUUGUACAGCGUAAAAGUCGCCGAUGCCGCUUUUGACUGCAGAUGGAUAACUUCUUCAACAGCAGUGAAGCUCAGCCUGGUGAUGAUCAUCCAGCGUGCCCAGCGACUUAGCUAUCUUACUGCUGGAAAAUUCGUCAGGCUUACACUAGAAACAUUUAUGUCGAUUUGCCGUGGAGCGAUGUCGUUUUCAUUGGUUUUAAGGACCGUCAACGAGGAUGAAAUUGCAUAAAUGUUAAUUACCUAACCUCACACCUCACCUAUUAUAGUUAACCUACGUAAUUGAUGUCACACUAAUGGUUGCAUAUUUAUUUGUGAAUCUUGCACGUGUUUGAACUAAAUUAUAGUUUACACUGCAUCACAUCAAAUCUUUACCUGUUUAGAUAUUGAUUUGAGAAAUCCGCACAUGUCACCCACUUAAAUUAUAAAUUAGGAUAAACUUUCUGCAAACUUUUAGCAAUUUUAACAAAUAACAAACAAACUUUUAAACUGUCAAAAA